CCCGGCUUGAAAACAGCUGGGCUCUAAGGUCCGUGUGCUGAGAGCAACGUGGGACUGCGAGGCGAGGGUACGUCGUGAGAAGCGGGACAUGCGGAUAUUCACUGAUCGAAAUAAGAGAAUGGAAGGAGGGAUUAGUGACACGCAGGGAGGAAAUCAGGCACGCAGAGCCGUAUCUACAGACUGAUGCUGCGAGGGCACUGUACAAGUACUCGCACGAUCGCGAUUGAUGCUGGAUUUUUUGAUGUCAAACUUAUAAUACACCGGUGGCUCACUUAGUUUAUGGAUUUGUACUUGCUUUUCUUUGUCAGAUUAUCCCCGCCGAACUGGUUUCCUGUUGGAAAGGGCCGCGGCAGAACGAUGUCGCUGUGGAGGUCACUGCCAGCCAGGGGGCAGUGUGGUGCUGCUUGUGUCAGCCUUGGUCCAUCGCCAUGCUGGUGAGUCUGAUCUGACAGGCCCUGGGGAGCCCCCCCCCCCCCACCCUGCGGAAUCUGGACCAGCCCUGUCUAACCGGAAGGAGGCAGCUUGGAUGUAGCUUAAACGGUAUAACGAAGACGAAGCUCCAUUAUGGUGUGGAUCUAGACUCCGCCCUCCCCGGGCCUUCCUGUUUUAAGCGAAGCUGUCCCAUCAGAGGGCGAGGGGGUGUCAAGCAGAGAGGGGGAUGGCUAAGCCCUUCUACAGGCUGCAGCGCUUCCUGCGACGGACGCAGCUGUUCCUGCUCUUCUUGGGCGUGGCCUACAUCAUGGCAGGCAGCGUGCUCCUGCUACAGCGGAGCAGCCUGGUGGUCUCCCAGCGUGGGGGCGGCGCCCUGCCCCCCUUGCCCUCGCUGCCCUCACCGCCUCGGGCCCCGGAGGCGCCUGCCUCGAGGCCCUUCCCCAGAGCGCCCCCCGGAGAGGAUAACAUGCCCGACGGCAAGCCCGGCCCACGCUGGCUCGCAUCACGGAACCUGGAGAUCCGGCGCCUGCGGCGACGCUGGUUCCACAGCCUCAUGAGCGAGCGGGACACCCCCAGGGGGGACCACAGCCCCAUGCGGCGGAAGGUGCACCACAAAGGAACCUACAUCGGCUGUUUCCUGGACGACGCCAAGGGACGGGCCUUGAAGGGGGCCGUUUUUUACGACUUCCGGAAAAUGACCAGCACCAUGUGCCAAGAUACCUGCUCAGAGAGUGGGUACCAGUUCGCUGGCCUGGAGUACGGGUCCGAAUGUUACUGUGGCAACCGCGUUGGCAGCUCCCGGGUACGAGAAGAAGACUGCAACCUGGACUGUAAAGGGGAGCGGGGCUCUCCCUGUGGAGGGGUGGGCCGCCUCUCCGUCUACAAGGUGGAGGAGAUGCUUCCUGGACAGCGGAAAUUCAGGAACGUGCGCUACAGAGGCUGCUUUGAGAUGCCCGAUGAUCCCACUGCGGCCUUCCUAUUCCACGCCACGCAGUGGAACCUGACACUGCAGUCCUGCAUCGAGGCAUGCACUGACAAGGAGCUGCCGCUGGCCGUGCUCCGGAAGCCUGACUGCUACUGCGGGUUCGCCUCGCUCAGCUUCAGCCUGCAGCGCCCUCUCCCCGACCAGCGCUGCGCCCUGGCCAACACCACCGUGCCCCCGGCCCCCCCAGACAGCCACUCUUUCCAGGUCUACCAGACCCCUGUGCAAGAUUCCAGGUGCACCGAACGGGAGUUUCUGCCUGAUAAGCCCAGCAGAUUGGUGGCACUGUCCAGUUUCCCGGGGGCUGGAAACACAUGGGUUCGACACCUCAUUGAGCUGGCCACUGGAUUCUACACUGGCAGCUACUACUUUGACGGGACCUUGUACAACAAAGGCUUCAAGGGUGAGAAGGACUACUGGAAGAGCGGGAGAACCAUCUGCGUGAAGACCCACGAGAGCGGAAGGCGUGAGAUCGAGAUGUAUGAUGCGGCCAUCCUGCUAAUUCGGAACCCGUACCACUCACUGAUGGCCGAGUUCAACCGCAAGUGUGCCGGCCACCUGGGCCACGCCUCUGAGCAGCACUGGAAGAGCAAAGAGUGGCCGGAGUUUGUGGACAGCUACGCCUCCUGGUGGGCAUCCCACGUGCUGGACUGGCUCCGUUUCGGCCACCGGCUGCUUGUGGUCCACUACGAGGAGCUGCGUGCAACGCUGGUGCCACAACUACGCUCCAUCGCCGCCUUUCUGAACACCAGCGCCUCGGAGGAGCGCCUGCUCUGUGCCGAGAGCAACCAGGAUGGCCACUUCAAGCGGCCAGGCGGCCGGCGGGCCGACUUCAACCCCUUCACCCCCGAGAUGAAGCAGCUCAUUGACGGAUACAUAAGCGCCGUUGACCAGGCGCUCAGGGAGGGCAACCACACCAGACUCCCCCAGGAGUACAUGCCCAGGUGAUGGGAGGCAUCCCAUUUUUGUGACAGUCUCCAGAACCACAUUCCUAUGGGCUGAGGUCCCAUGAUGGACCCUGUUACUAAGGUGCACAAAACCAGCUGGCCAGGGGAUCAGAACCCACAGCGCGCCGAUUCCCACCAUGGAAUCACAAGCGAACCUCACCUUUCCUAGGUUGCCCCCAUUUUUUUUUUUUAAAUGACCUUCAGUUUUGUCUUUAUUUGCACUUCUCUCCCCCUCACCUCGUCCUCCUUCCCUGCAACCGCCUCCCUCUCCCCCCCCAGGAUGUGGGAGUGCGCCUCACAGCCCACGAGUGCAAUCAAACGAAACGUCACAGAGACGACUUAUGAAAGAUUAAACCGGAUAUUCUCGGCCCGCCGUUCCCUGAUUAAAACCCGCGGAGAGAAUUCCGGAUUGCUGGCCGGGAUGGAAUUUCAUUUCCGCCACAUUCUGCUUUUUUUUUUUUUUUUCUGCACGGCUGAGCCCGAGUGAAAAAUCAGAACAGGGAUGUAAAGAUCGGACCGCUCCUAAACAGUCGUGGCAGCGCUGACAGCUGUGUCCCUCUCGUAAAAGUAAUACAAAAAGAAAAGAAGAUACAUGCAUUUUAUAUCUAAUUUGUAGGUUCACAGGUUCUUGCUUUUCUGUUUAGGUUUGGAAAUCACACCUGGCCUCACGUAGAGAUGUAGCAGAGCAUCCAAAGGUAAACGCUGCCUCACAGCUUCUGUUACGGGGCG